AUGCCGUCGACAAAUCGGCUACUAGGGCCUGGUUCCUUCUGACUUCCGGGGAGCUCUCCGUUCUUCUCUGGAGUCCCCGCUCGCGACUUCUCCAACAGCCUAUACGGCGCUCCGAGAAAGCGGGUGAGUGGGUGAGUAGCCUAGGCCGAAGGAAACGAUUGCCGAUCUGAAGCUUUUCCUCGAUUGGGAGCUCCGCUCUCCACCCGCGAAGGCAAACGGAGGAAGAAGGUGAGCGUCUCUCCUGCUUAAACGACCGCCGUUCUUUGAAUGGCGUUUCUGUGUCCCCGGGGGGGACGGGAACGGGAGAAGCGGCUAUGCGGGGUUUGCCUUCAGAGGGCAGCAGGAGGAGGAGGAAUCCCGCCCCCCCUCCACGGAUAAACGCACAUGGCUGCAGGUCUCCCAGCGGUCUACUCUGAGUAGUGCUAACAUUGGCUCUAUAACCUGCAGUCUUGAGUCUCCUCUCCAUUAUUGCACACGCUGUGGGUGUCCCUGCACCUGCUCCAUGCUAUUUAGGCUGCCAUGCACACCAUAUGCUUAAUCCUGGGAGCUGUAGUUUGUUAUGGGUGCUUGGAAUUGCACACUACGGUUCCCAGGAUUUGGGGAGGGGGAAUCUGUUUUAAUUGUAUGGUGUGUAUUACAGCCUUUUCACGACACAACAUUUAUUUCCUCCCUUUAUUAUUAUUAUGCAUGUCAUACCCUCGCAACAUUUCUCCGAUGAAAAUAGGGACCUCCCGUUCCAUAAUGAUAAUUUUAGUAUUUAUACCCCACACAUCUUAUUGGGUUGCUCCAGCCACUCCCUAUACAGGAUGGCUUUCAGAUGGUUUGGGGGUUGGAUGGCUCUAUACCCUCCAACAUUUCUCCAAUGAAAAUAGGGACAUCCUAAGGAAAAGCGGGACAUUCCAGGAUCAAAUCAGAAACCAGGACUUCUCUAAAUCAGGGAUGCCCCUGGAAAAUAGACACUUGGAGGGUCUGGCAUGUGCUUGGCUCCACUAGAAGUAUGCUUGUUCUAUAAUGGCUUCCCCUUCAGUUGUGGAUUGGAUCUAGAAUAACAUGACAAUCCUAACCAUGUCUACUCAGAAGUGUGUCCUGCUCAAGUCAGUGGGGUUUCCUCCCAGGUAUGUGGGAGCUUUUGUCCUGCUGAAAUCAUUGGUACAGAUUAUUCAUGAUUUACUUUUAAGUGCCAUUGUUAAUUUGGGUGUUCUCAAAGGGGAGGGCCUGCAACAGCAGUUUGGGGGGGUGCUUCUGUUUCUAGGGCACCCCAUUUCAUUGCCCCUUAUUGAAGGCAAUGGAGAAGCUGAAGACACCAAACUCCCCACUGCUUUCAGUGUGGUAUAGGUUGCAAUCAUUGGCACAUCUCCUAGAGAGUAAGCCCAAUUAAGUUCAGCAGGACUUCUGAGUGCACAAACGUAAAACAUAGAACAAACGUAUACUGUCUUGUGACCAUAAAUAGCUUAACUGGUUGGAACCAUUGUGUAAAUGCUCCCAGUUACUAUUAUUUAUUAAAUUCGUAUACCACCCUCCAUGCAUAGAUCUCAAGGCAGCUCACAACACAAAAAUACAAGAUAAGAAAACACACACAAAAAUGAAAGAACGAAAACAAAACAGCAGCCUCUACUCCCUCCCACAACACAGUUGCACCAUGCUGAAACCCAUUUAAAAUGUGGCAGAACAUUGCCCUGGUUUCCUCCCAAAACACACAAACUUGUAAAUAAGAAAGAUGUAUUUAUUCAGACAGCUAGCAGUCCAGGCUCAGCAGCUAACACAGGACUCAGGAGUUCAAGAGCAGGGCAAGAAGUUCAGAACCAGACAGAAGCAACGAAGAUGUCACAACAAGUUUCACCACCCAUCCUACCAAGCUUUUAAAGCUGAGACGUGGUGUGCUCACUCAGGAGACUCUUGCCUUGUGGGGAUGUUGAGAUUGAGAGUGUGCUCUCUGGUGGGGUAGAUGGGUCUGCUUCCAUCUGUGAAGGCAGCUCCUGAGUCUAGAUGACAAGCACCUUCCUGAUCAGUUGCCUCUUCCUGUCAGCCACAACCCCCUCAGCAGAUCAAAACCCUAUCCAGUGGUUGCCAGACUUGGUCCUCCAGAUGUUUGGGACUACAACUCCCAUCAUCCCUAGCUAACAGAACCAGUGGUCGGGGAUGAUGGGAAUUGUAGUCUCAAAGCAUCUGGAGGGCCGAGUUUGGCCACCACUGUUAUGCAACCUCCACUGAGGCUUUCUGCUCCACAUGUGGGUUGGAGGGGAGAGUUCGCAUCCCUUCUUCCUCUUCCAAAGCAACUGUAGUUGAGUGAAAAGAGGAGAUUUGCCUGCCUCCAACCCAGGUUCCCACAAUUCACCCCACCACGCCAUUUCCUCCUCUUCUGUCUGUGCCUGCCAAGGGAUGCCAAAUCGUGUUGUGGGGUUCAUUAUAUUUUGUUCAAGUUAAAUCUGUUUCCAGCUAUUUUAUUUCUUGAUUCUUCUUUUUGGCAGAUACAACACACAUACACACCCCAAGAAAAAAACCCCAACCCCAUACUGAUGGACAAAAUGGAUACAGCAACCCAUGUCAUGAAAAAGAAACGGCCCCAUGAAGAUAAUGAAAAGACAGAGAAGGUUAAAAAGAGAAGGAAGGUUGAUGAAAGCGAUGUUUGCCAAAACCAGCAGAAAGCUAAAAGCGAUGUAAGUGUUCCUGCUAUUGCAGGAGAUCUGCUAUCAGUUCUGUGGAUGAGCCCCUCAGUCUCCAAUCUCAGCAGAAAGUAACGUUGUGUACUAGAGUAGACCCAUUGGAAAUAAUGACCCUACAUUAGUCACACCUAUUAACUUCAGUGGGUUAACUCUGAAUAGGACUAGCGCUGGAUACAAUCCAGUGCUUUUUUUACCAGCUUUGACUGUUGACCUGGCUACAGCCAUUUCUGGACCAGAGUAGCCUGACCACAGUUUUCAGGGUGCUGGUCACCUCCAUACUGGAUUACUACAAUGCACUCUUUGCAGGGCUUCCCCUGAAGUUGUCCCGGAAACUGCAGCUAGUACAAAAUGCAGCAGCCUGAAUGCUCACUGGGGCAAAAUUCAGUAGAGCUCUUGUAAAAGGCCAGACUUGAUCAAAAGUGGCCAUCAUCUAAAGACAGAUCACCUCCAGGCCAUGUUUGUGUGAAGCAAGUGUGCUCCUCCCUGAAUUCUGCAAAAUUAAACUCAAGCUUCUGGCCCUCAUGAAAUCAAGACAAGAUUGAAAGCACUUUGUGGGUCAAGUUUUAAAAUCUUAUAAACCGAAAGGUAGGAAAGCAGGCAGCCAAGUUCCCCCACCAUUUCUAACCCUGCAAGGUCGUUUUUGAGAGGAUGACUCAUGUGUUUUUUCACAGUCAGGGUUGUUAACUUCCCAGCGGAGGAUUUUUGCAAAUGGCACGUACAACUGCAGUCGCUUGGCAUUUGCUGUGUUUAUGUAAAUAGCUUCCAAGUGAUGUCAAGUUAUGCAUAAUCAAAAUACUGUAUGCUCACUCUGUCUUCCCUGCUCGCUCAUUUAUUUUCUCUGUGCCCUUUUUGUAAGAGACAAGUCGUCGCCUUCUGGAAUCCAUUCAGUGGCAGCUCAGACACUUCAACGCUUUCUGUCUUUGUAAACAAUCCUGAGCCGGUUCUCUCGUUCUUUUCAGGAGAAGCAGCCCCGCUUGUCUGCCAAAGUGUUUGGAGAAGACUCUGAAAUCAGCUACGACCAACUGUACAGAUUCCUCAAGUAUUCUGCUUUGGGGAAACGCCACAAUGCAACUCAUCCUAGGUAGUCACUUGUCGCCUUCCAGGUGUUGAUGGGCUCCCAACUCCCAUGCUCUCGUUGAGGUUGAGAGCUGGAGUCCAGCAACAUCCUGGAGGACUGAAGGCUGCCCAUUCCUGCUAUAUGUUCAGUCUAGGAGUCCAUCCUACAUGCUCCAACAGGAAUAGAUCUCACUAAAGACCAUCACCUAAUGCCAUUCUCAUGUGCUCUGAUGAGCUGUGAGCCAUGCACCUUUGACGCUUCCAUUAGCCUGUGUCAAGUUUGUGGCACCGACAUAGAUCACAUCAGCACCAUGCAUUUAAAACACAUGGCUUCCUCCAAAGAACCCUGGGAAUUGUAGUUUGCUCCUCGCAGAACUGCAAUUGCCAGCACACACAGUUCCCAGGCAUCUUUGGGGAAAAUUAAUGUAUUUUCAUUGCGUAUUGUGGAUGUGAAUUUAGUCCAGGGAAGGCUUCCGUUCAGAUCCCCUCCUGGCUACAUCAGAACCCCAGGAUGGCCCUGCAGGAUCAGGCCCAUCUAGUCCAGUAGGAAUAUUGAUUUCCUUUGUUUUGUUGAACAGAUUGAUUGAUUUGCUUGAUUUAUUACAGUUUUGUUCAAGAAUCCCAAAGAAGAUUACAUAAUAAAUGCAGCAUAAAUCAUAUGGGAUAAUUAAUGGCCUUGUGGAGAAAGUAGCAAAAUUUCUGAGAGAUGCCACAUCACUGUAAGACUCAAGAGGCACUUUUUAACCUUAGUUUUAUCUUAAAGCAUCUCCUUCUAUGAACAGAUGCCAAUUUUACGCUUUGACUUAAAUACUUCUGCAUCCUGUGCAUGCCAGUAAGUGAGAUUGAUGGAGAACACCACAAAUGCAGCGUGAAUCAUCUAGAACAACUAACAAAUCAUCAGUGAAACAAUUGCAGUCUAUAAAACACUGUUAACAAAGCAGCAACUAAAAAAUAAGCUGGACUCCACAAUUAAAGCAAAAGUCGUGUUAUGCGAUCAACAAAUCAGUACAGCAUUUAUAAACUAGGAAGCAGCAGACUAACACCAGGCCUCAGACUGCUUUUCCAAGUUCCUUGCCUUUCAAAAGCAGCUUUGCCAUGCACUGUUGGGAGGGUAUAUUGUGAGGGGUGUGGUCAGGAGAGAGUCCUGGGGGCCUGGUAGAGGUACUUGGGGGCCGCAUUCAGCGCCUGAGCCUGAGAUUCCCCAGUGGUGCUACAGGCCUUCGCUGCUCUGAAUGAACAUUCUCCUUCCUCCUUAACCAUGGUCAAGAGGGGCAAAGCAUGCAGAAAGUUCCUGGUUCAGUUCUUGGCAUUGCCUUAAAAAAAAAAGGCUCACACAGCAGGUGGUAGGAAGAUCUCUUUGACUGAGAACUGGAGAACCUGUGCCAAUCAAAGUAAAGGGAGUUGGACUAAAGAGGUAUAAAGAGCAUUUACAGUCCGGCGCCUGGACACUGAGGUCCAGCGCCGAGAGCCUUCUGGUGGCUCCCUCGCUGCGAGAUGCCAAGUUACAGGGAACCAGGCAGAGGGCCUUCUCGGUAGUGGCACCCACCCUGUAGAACGCCCUCCCACCAGAUGUCAAAGAGAAAAAUAACUACCAAACUUUUAGAAGACAUCUGAAGGCAGCCCUGUUUAGGGAAGCUUUUAAUGUUUAAUAGGUUAUUGUAUUUUAGUGUUUUGUUGGAAGCUGCCCAGAGUGGCUGACGGUAUAAAUAAAUUAUUAUUAUUAUUAUUAUUAUUUUUAUUUUUAUUAUUAUUCUGUGUCCCAGCGCUGCAUCAACAACAUUGACCAGGACUGGAAACCAGGUCCUUGUCCCUAAAAUACCCAGGACCAAGGAACCUGCUUUAUACUGAAACAGCACGCAAGAAGGGCUAGUGGGGUUAGGCCCUUCUGCCCAUCUAGUCCAGCCUCCUGUUGUCACAUUGGCCAACCAGAUGCUUAUGGGAAGCCCACAAGCAGACCACGAUCACAGGAUGACUGGUCUAGCAAGCUCAGUAUUGUCUACUCUGACUCUCCAGGGUUUCAGACAGGACCUAGAGAUGCCUGGGGAUUUGAACCCGGGACCUUCUGCAUGCAGAGCAGAUGCUCUGCCACUGAGCUACAGACCUUGCCCCCCGAUUACCGUGCUUUCUCGCCGCCCACCCAGAGAAAGGCUCACCGGAGUGGUAAUGGCUUUCCCUCUCCCCCUGCUUUGUGGUGCAGCUGGUGCCGUGUUCACCACCGGAAGCAUCUGGCUGGCAUAGUGGUGGUGGUCCUGCGGGACGUCGGUCAGCUCCACUUCGACCGCUUCUACCUGCAGUUCAAGCAUCUCCGAAGGAUAUUCAGACAUGUAAGUUCGCCAGCCGUAAUCCU